CGUAAAUGUAAAACAAGAAACCGUUUUGAUGUUGAUUGCAGGGAGAGUAUUAUAUCCCCUCUCUGACAUCUCCCCCCUCGUCGUCGCGCAUCCAUUAUCCUCUGGCAAUUCCAAACUCUGCUACGUAUCGAAAAUAUCAGCAUGCGCAAUACCAUUUCCGCUCUCCUCCUGUUGUUAGCUGUCUCGCUCCCCGCGGCAUACACCCAAAAUGUCGGAAGAGACAAUGGGAUCGCAGUUGGACAGUUCCCUGAUGCGGCUUUUUGUACAUCCACCGGUCUGGCGGCUUCAGACGGAACCCAAAACAGGGCUGGUGCCUGCUCUUCCACACCUCAGGGCGCUGUACCCAAUGUCAACAGAAUGGUUAGCACGAUCAUCACCAAACCGAAAAACGCUGAGACGAUCGAUGCCAAAAAGGAAAUGGUCGUCGUAGUGGAUAUGCGGAAUCUGGAGACUGGCUUCUUUGACGAUCCUCAAAAAGACUAUUACAUGCAACCCCAGACCCUCAACAAUGCUGGCAUCAUUCAAGGGCAUCAACACAUUACCAUCCAACAAAUGGGAUCCACCCAACGCGCCUUAGACGCGACCAAAUUUGUAUUUUUCAAGGGUCUCAAUGAUCAAGCAAAGGAUGGUCGGUCGUUGAGUGUCGCAGUGCCGCCAGGAACGUUCAAGCAGAAUGGACUACAUCGAAUCUGCUCCAUGUCCGGUACCAAUGCCCAUCAACCCCCCAUCAUGCCCGUCGCUCAGCGUGGAGCUCAGGACGAUUGUAUCAGGAUCAACGUUACUGGUGCGUAAGCAAAUAUAGAUAUCGUGUAGAUGGUUCUUUUCUUGUAUAGUUAGAAAGCUAGAAGUACACACACACAGACAAGAGUAGGUAGUUUUACGUUUUAGGCAUUUUCCUAUUUCUGCUUCUAGUUCUUACCUGUAGUUGGAGGGUGGUUUUUCUUCUUGGACAUUUUUUUUUUUUCCUUCCAUUUCGACUGGCGCACAUAAUUGCAAAACAAAAAAGUGUAGAGUGUAAAUAUACAUGUUUGAGUCCUUAUUCAUUGUCAGCCGUGGAAAUUAAAAAAAAAAAAUGGAAAACUAUAAACAACACGCACACACAUCCC